CAAAGGGGGUGCACGUGACGCGCGAGGAAAUAUUUUGCACGUGAACGCACGCGAUCUGUAUUAUAUAACGUUCUGUGUUUGUUUUGUGACUCGACUUUGUCAAGGAUGUAUUGAAUGCUGAUAAGGAAUCCCAUCACAACUAUAAUUAUACAUGCAAAAGAUGGCAUCAGCGUCCACCGGUUGACGUAACGCGAAUGUGCAGCAAUGUGUCACGAACAUUGCGCAGUGGAGUUUCGUGUGUGAUGUGAGAUACAUUAUGUCAAGUAGCCGGUGGUUGGCCAUGGCGGUGGUGAUGGUGGUGGCCGGGGCGGUGCGGGGAUGGGACUGUGUCUGCAACCCGAGGGAGUGCGAGGCGUUGGAGCCCAGCGGCUGUCCGGGACUCGGGAUCGUCGUCUGGGACCCUUGCAGAUGCUGCAAAGUAUGUGCAAGAACACAAGGCGAAGACUGUGGUGGUUUCAGAGGCACCUGCGAACCAGGCCUCAAGUGUUACGAAGGUUCCUGUACGCCGGUAACGUGAACGGACGAGCAAACAAACUUGUAAUAUAUGUGUAUAGUGUUGAAUAGACCCUACAUAUCCCCGACGUAGUAACAAGAGGACCAGGUUAGCAUCAGUAGAAUGCCUCACGAGACAGAACAUGUCUGUGACAAUAAAAAAUAUGUGCGGGGCGUUUUCAUUGUAAAUUAUCCGAUAAUUAAUGUUACCUGAUAACCGAUGCCGUGUUUUUUAUGUUUAUAUUCCGGCUUAUAUAUGUAAACGACAUAAAAGGAAGUAUUCGUUAACCGUAUUGUGAUAGUCAUUUACGAGUCGUUCUCAAACCAUCUUAUCUUUGCAAACAUGCAAUAUCCAAGUGAACAUUUAAAAAUAGAAGAUCGAUUAUACCACGUGUAAAAUCAUCCAUAUCCCGCUCAUAACUGUGGUCAAUAUUAUGAAUUCUGCAUGGAUACAUCAUUUACUGCGAACCAAUUCGAAAAACAAAAUCCACGGCAUUGGUUAUCAUAGAUAGGUGUCUCGUUCCAAACGGUGUUAUACAAAGUAACAGUAGUGUGUUGAUACGUUGUAAAGAUUAUUUCUUCCGCAAACGAGCGCAAAUUUCAUUUUAAUAUCCCAACUCCGGCAGUGAGCCACGAUAAAAUCUUCGGCUUUGUGUGCCCUCGUUAUAUCGCCAUUCAACUCUAUGAUGAAAGGUUUUUCGUGAAAUUUUGUUUGCAGACAUAGUCUUUGAGGAAUAAUGGCAAGAAACUUCAGCACGUUUAAUUUACGGCCAGAAUUACUUGAAUUUAUGAGAUUACAAUCUCUGGGUUCAUUUGCAUUGUUUGAAUUGUUAAUUAUAUAAAGCCGGCACGUUUGAAAUAUGAAUGAGUUGAUUGUAUGCAAAACUUGUGGGUUUUUCAGUAAGGAUAUUUGUCUUACAAUAAUGUAACUAUAAACAGUAAGAAGUAAUUUUUACAUCAAAUGAAGGUCCGUCAAGGUAUACGUCUCGUAUACAAAAUUGCGUAUAUCUGUGCUUUGAUACCGGUCAGCUUAGCAUAUUGUACAUUUCAGAAGCUUUUCACUUCGUAAAAGGUCAAUUGUACCGUUUACUCGUAAAAAAAUAAAUGAAAUCUUUUUAAAACGGAAUAUUAAAAUAUAGAAAUGUAAAAAUAUAGAUAUGAUUGACGACGAUGAUGAAGCAGAUUUUCAAAAAUAUUACAUGAAAUGUAUACUUAACCAUGCGUAAAUAUCUACAUAAUAUUGGGAAAAAAUUACCAAUUUCGCGAAAUGAAUUUUCGUAAAAAAUAUCUUCACAUUUUUAGCAUACCAUUUUGUUAAAUUCGAUUUCGAAUUAUCGAAUACUCGGAACCGUUAAUGUUCCCAUCAGAUUUUAAUUCAAGUGAAAUAUUGUUUUUCAUUUUUAAAUCAUUAAAGUAAAUUUUCUAAUUUUGAGCAAGAGAUAAAGUUUAUGAAAAGCAUGCUUAGUGUUAAAUUUUAUUCUACCCAUACAAUUUCCGUUAACUCAAUGUGUAUUGUGUAUUCAAUAAGGAUUAUGUUUCCCCAUGCCAACUCUGCAGUUUUCUUUAUUUCAAUAAAUUUUACCUUAAAUUAUCUAUAAUAAAAAUGUAUAAAAUUAUGAAAAUAAAAAUGUAUGUAUCUAUUUCUGUGUGCUUCCAGGUAACACGUAGUUAAUAUUUAUUAUACAAGAAAGCUUUAGAAAAACACCAUUUUAAUAUGUUUAAUCAAUUGACAAUCUCAUUAGAUUGAAAAUAACUUGGACAAAAAAAAAUAUGUAAUUUUGUAAACGGUUAAAGUCUGCGAUUGUCUUAAAAACAUGUCAAAAUGUUGUAUUUUUAAACAUGGCUAUACUAUUCAUAGUUGUGUAAAUAACAUGAUCUUAAUAGCAUUUUUAUCUUGUAUGUAUUGAAAUAAAGUAGUAAAAUUAAAUGUUAAUGUAUAAUUAUUGAUAAAAACAAUAUUUCGUGCACACGGGUUAAUUUUCUUGUCAUCUAGCAGUUUUAAAACCAUAUUUACUCCUUUCCUUUGUCAUAUUUUCUAUUUAUUUAUAUAAAUCAUUGUAUAUAGUCAAUAGGAGUACUUACUCUUAUUACAAGAUUUUUAGAAUGGAUGUAAACUGUUGUAAAACUUGAUUUAAUGGAGUAAUAAUCUAGGUAUUCAGAGAUAUAAGUCUACUGCGGUGUAUUAUUUAACUUUAAUACUUAGUACUAUUCGAAUGUUACUUAACAUUUGAGUUAGUCCAAAAUGUUCAUUGUUUAUGUUUAAAUAUACAUUAAAAAUUUUAAGAGAUAAAUACAAAAACGACGUAAUGGGCGCUUUUUGUUUUACCAUUUCAGAAAAUGAAAAACUUGAACUAAUUUACCUACCUAAUUAAUUUUCCCGAGAAAGUUAAAUCAAUUAUUUAAAUUAUUUGCAAUUAUUUUAAGAAAAUACAAAGCUUUGAUGUCAUAUUGUUUAUCAAAAAACAACCAUUUUUACUAGUUUUAACCGAAAUAUAACCGCCGUAAAAUAUAUUGUACUUAUUGUAAGCUGUAAAAUAUAAUGAUUCUGGGCUACUUGUUAAUUGUGCACACA